AUGCGCCGUGCAGAUACUAGUAAUUCUCUUCUUUCUCCUGCAAACUACGACAACGAUGCAUCUUCGUUGCGGUCGCCCUCCGACCAGGAAUCCGAUUCUGACGAUGACGCCCUCCUCGAUCAGAACCGCAGCACCUUGGAACUCGCAGAACACGACCGGGCAGUCCUAGAAGAUGAAGAGGAGCUGGAAAAUCUUUUGAUCCGUCGUGGCACUGGGCAAGGUUUGCGGAGGAUUUUCAGCCCGAACGGUAGCACUGUGAAGAUCGGGAGGACGAAAAAGGAGCGGCGACGGCGGAGGGGGUCACGUCGUGAGAGAGUCAGUGAAGACGGUGAGCUGAUGUAUGAGAUGGAGGAGGGGAUUGGUGAUGAUAAUGCUUCCCUUUUAAGCGGAUCAUCGUUAGAUUCGGGUAGGAAACCCGAAUAUGCACAUGGGCCGCCUUCAUGGCCUUCAUGGCGAAGAACCUUGUUUUUAACUACUCUGGUCGCAAUUCUCUUCGUCAUCAUCCUCCUCGGGGCGUAUAGAGCCUCGAGCGGUUUCCGGUACUCACGAGCACACCCUCCACCCUUGCUUUCCAACGGCACAGCUCUCUUUGCGCCAACUACUAUCGUUAUCUCGCUCGACGGUUUCCGAGCUGACUUUCUUCACCGUGGCCUGACUCCUGCGCUGAAGUCCCUCAUCGCUAAUGGCGUUUCUCCGCAAUACAUGAACCCCAGCUUCCCGAGCGUCACCUUCCCAAACCACUUCACACUUAUGACUGGACUCUACCCUGAGAGUCACGGGAUAGUCGGCAACACAUUUUGGGACCCGAAGAUAGAAGAGGAAUUUUAUUACACCCAUCCCUUUGUCAGCAUGCAACCCAAGUGGUGGAUGGCGGAACCGCUCUGGGUGACGGCCGAAAAGCAGCGUGUGAAGACUGCCGUCCAUAUGUGGCCGGGGUCUGAGGCGCACAUUGGUGGCAAAGAGCCGACCAUUUUGGACAAAUACAACGGGACGGAAGUCUUGCCUCGCAAGGUGGAUCGGAUCAUGGAGUUUUUGGAUCUUCCGGGUCUUGAGGACGAAUCGCAGAUAACACCUGAGCGGCCUCGGUUUAUCUUGGCUUACGUUCCCGACGUCGAUCGGGACGGGCAUAAAUUUGGCCCUAAUAGCACUGAAAUUCGAAAGACGAUUUUGGAAGUGGACAGCAUGAUCGCCGAUAUUAUGACUGGUCUUGAGCGACGCAAUCUUACUGAGGUAGUCAACAUCGUGGUUGUCUCAGACCAUGGCAUGGCCACUACCUCUACGGAAAGGCUGAUUCAGCUGGACGAUCUGGUUGAUUAUGAUCUAAUUGAACACAUUGACGGGUGGCCAUCUGCUGGUCUACGCCCCAAGCGCCCCGAGGACCUGGAGACCCUGCGGAAACAAUUGGAGAAGGUGGCUCCGGAAUACGAGCAUGCUUUUGAAUUCUAUACAAAGGAGACAAUGCCUGAGCGGUAUCAUUUCGCGAAUAACGAACGCAUUGCGCCGCUAUGGGUCAUCCCCAAGUCGGGGUGGGCCAUCGUUAACCGCUCGGAGCUCGAUGUCAAAGAGGCUUUGAAGACCGGUAAGGAUUACUAUCCUCGGGGUAUUCACGGAUAUGACCAUGAGCACCCAUUGAUGCGUGCAAUUUUUAUUGCACGUGGCCCAGCCUUCCCGCACAAGCCAAACAGCCGGGUGGAAGUUUUCCAAAACAUCGAGGUAUAUAACCUUGUCUGUGACUCUUUGGGUGUCCAUCCCCUUCCAAGUAAUGGCACACUACGGCUCCCGCUGAAGCCAAUCGGCCUUCACUCGGAUGAGAACACACCGGUCUUGGACACGCCUCCCGACCCCCCGGCUCAUACUUCAGCAACUGUAGGACCUGCGCAACCAACCACCCCGCAGCCAUCGCCUCCACAGUCAAAACCAGUACAGCCAGCACCGAAGCCCACUCCAGCAGCCGUGGCACCACCCGUUAUAGAACAUCAAAGUGAUGACGAAAAGGGUUCUACAUGGUGGGGAACCCUUUGGCACAAAUUCGACGGCUUGAAGAACUGGGCUAGCGGUGUUGCUGAUGCUGUUCAGGGCAAGCAUCAGGGUUCUUGA